ACCUCGUGAGUUUGUGCAGCCCAUCCUCCGCAGUAUAUCCUCCAUCACUUUCAGCUCUAACUCCUGCUGCCUUCACCAGCGGUUGAAUCAUACUGUACUGAUAAAAUACUGAGGUAAUAUAUUUGAUCUGCCAUGGCCGAUGCCGCAAUAUCUUUUGCUAAAGACUUUCUAGCAGGCGGAGUUGCAGCUGCUAUUUCCAAAACUGCGGUCGCACCGAUAGAGAGAGUCAAACUGCUGCUGCAGGUGCAACAUGCCAGCCAACAAAUCAGUGCAGACAAACAUUACAAAGGUAUUGUCGACUGCAUUGUGAGGAUUCCUAAAGAGCAAGGCUUUGUCUCUUUCUGGCGUGGCAACUUAGCCAAUGUCAUUCGCUACUUCCCCACACAAGCCCUCAACUUUGCCUUCAAGGACAAGUACAAACAGAUUUUCCUGGGGGGCGUUGAUAAGCACACGCAGUUCUGGCGAUACUUCGCGGGUAACCUGGCCUCUGGUGGUGCUGCGGGUGCCACUUCCCUCUGCUUUGUCUACCCUCUCGAUUUUGCUCGUACCCGCCUAGCCGCAGAUGUAGGGAAAGCUGGCAGUACUAGGGAGUUCAAUGGGUUGGCUGACUGCCUGGGCAAAAUCUUUAGGUCAGACGGCCUGCGGGGUCUGUACCAGGGCUUCAAUGUCUCUGUUCAGGGUAUCAUUAUUUACAGGGCAGCUUACUUCGGAGUCUACGACACUGCCAAAGGCAUGCUUCCAGACCCCAAUAACACCCACAUUAUGGUCAGUUGGAUGAUUGCACAAACUGUGACGGCAGUAGCCGGCGUGAUGUCGUAUCCCUUUGACACUGUUCGCCGUCGAAUGAUGAUGCAGUCUGGACGCAAAGGAGCGGACAUUAUGUACACAGGAACCAUUGACUGCUGGAAGAAGAUAGCUCGCGACGAGGGUGGCAAAGCAUUCUUCAAAGGGGCUCUCUCCAAUGUACUCAGAGGAAUGGGCGGUGCUUUUGUGCUGGUGUUGUAUGAUGAAUUCAAGAAGUUUGUUUGAACAACAAAUGCUAAGAUAAAGAAAUAAUAGUAGAAUAGCUUUUACCACACAGUUCAAACCCUGUCCACUCACAUAAAUAAUGUCUUCUUGGUUAAGUCGUCUUAGAUGUGAAAAGGAGUUAUUCAUAUUUGUGUUUAAUUAAACUCCACGUGACGUUUUGCUUUAUUUAUUGUGCAGAGAACACUAUUGUCCUAUGAUAAAAUUAUGGGCAUCUUAUAUUUUAUUAGAAAGAAAGCACCUCUCUGUGUGAUUCAAGCGUGAGUACAGACUUGUACACAUAUCAAGCUUUUGAUGUUGUGCAGUGGCUAUAAAGAGCAAUUUUAUUUUAUUAUAAGGCACGAACACGGGCUUUGUCCCCAUGUAGAGCUUUGAUGUUGUACAGUAAAAAGGGCAAGAGUAGUUUCAGAGAAAUGAUAUACAAAAUGGGUUGCAUAUAAAAUGUGAGCGCUCAAAAUCAAUAAAAUUCAUGCAAUUGUUGAUUUUA